UUCUUCCUUUACACCCAUGCUAAGUAGAAGCAUGGGAGAUCAGAUGAUACAGGGGCUACGUCCACUGCUCUUAUUCCCAUUGCUGCAGCUGCUCAUUUGCAGCGUUCUAGCAGAUACCGCAAACCUCGAGCAUCACUUUCCGGUUCGGAUGUACAGCGCCGUGCAGCAAACUCUGUUUCGAAACAAAGACUUUGCCAUCUCACCACUAGGAAUAAAGCAGGCCCUAGGUAUAUUGGUGCCCGCCCUUGGCGACGACAGCGCACUGGAGAUAGAGAACCUUCUGAAGCCGCGGAUGCAAGAGAACAAAGUGAAACUAAAGCAGAACCACUUGCUGUACCAGUUCACAACAUUGGGAGUCCAAAGUGGUCUGACAAUCGAUCCAGAGUAUAUCUCAGAAGUCACUCAAUAUGGAGAUGCGGCUGUGGAGCUAACAAAUUUUACAUCUGCACAAAGAUCGGCAAAUGUAAUGAAUUCCGGUGUGUAUCAUGCUACAAAGAACACAGUGCGUUCGAUUGUCUCAGAUCACACAUUCGAGCCGGACACCCAAGUUUUGCUCGUAAACGGGGUUUUUUACGGCGCGAUUUUCGCAAACGAAUUCCCUACCGAAGAAAUGUGCGAUUUCACCGUUUAUCCCAAUCCAAAAAAGAAGGUGAGGUGUAUGCGGGCAAAUUCAGUGCCCGCCCUUUUUGGAGACAGUGUAGUGGCACUUCCACUGAUAAAUACGACGAGCUAUCUGGUGUUGCUCCAGAGAUGGAAGGGCAAUCUGGAAACGUUGGAUUUGCGCCAGCUUCUCAAAGCAUUGGAAGUCAAAUUGGUAAAUCUUAUUGUGCCAAUGUUUCGCCACGAAACAACGCUAGAUCUGAAGAAGCCAUUGACCGAAGUAGGCGUGGAACGUAUUUUCAAGGCAGGGGAGGCGCAGCUCAACAAAAUCGGAGAUCAGAGCGGCGAAUACCUAAAGGGACUGCACCACAAGACAGUUUUCGAAAUAGGCCGGAACGGUAUAAACAUGAAACGUUUAGCAGCGAAAGCAACGCCUUCACACAGAAAGGAAGACGCAGACGCUACUUUUACAGCUCUAACGCCUUUUACGUAUGCCGUCGUCGACGAGGACCACGUUUAUAUAAUAGGUCACUAUGGUCUAGACCAGUUUUAAACAUCAAUUUCCAUAAAGAGAGUCUUCAAAUAGUGUAUUUAAUGUUGAAAGCAUUAUUGGAUCUAAUAAAUCUAUCCACUUAGUGUACAUAAAGUGAGAUCAAAAUAAAAUCCAUUUGACUCUUAA